CUUUGAAAAGCAGAGGAUUUGGAAGUACUUUUUUCGUACUUCCUUUUAAACGAAAAUGGAUUUGACAUUGCGCUCGUCUCCGUCUGAGAACAAAUCUAUAUGUUUCGAAAAUUUACGAAGCAAAAGCAUGAAAUUUUUAGUCCCAAAACCGUGUAUUACGAUUGGUGGCUUCAGCAAGAAAGACAACGGUCAACUGCUUAGUCACGGCACUAGAAAAAUGGUGCAUUGUAGCCAAUUGGUGCCUGAACACUUGGAGGGGUCGCAUUUAGGGAAGAAACGGCUGGAGACGGGCCAGAAGUUGGAAUUUGUGCGGACAUUGUUGAUUGAUAACUAUGAUAGUUACACAUACAAUAUCUACCAAGAGUUGUCUGUCAUCAAUGGGUUGCCGCCUGUGGUGAUUCGCAAUGAUGAGUGGACAUGGGAAAACCUUUUCCAUUCCUUAUAUGAAGAAAAAGCCUUUGACAAUGUUGUCAUAUCACCGGGUCCUGGCUCUCCAACUUGCCCAGAAGAUAUAGGAAUAUGUCUCAGGCUGCUGCUUGAGUGCAGGGAUAUCCCAAUUUUGGGUGUUUGCCUUGGACACCAGGCUUUGGGUUAUGUGCAUGGUGCUCAAGUUGUCCACGCAACUGAACCAGUCCAUGGACGUUUGAGUGAAAUUCAGCAUAGUGGAUGCAGACUGUUUCAUGGUAUUCCUUCCGGCAGAAAUUCAGGAUUUAAGGUGGUUCGGUAUCAUUCUCUUGUUAUAGAUGCAGAUUCACUUCCAAAAGACCUCCUACCUAUAGCGUGGACAUUUUCCACCGAUACACUUUCCUUUCUAGACCACCAAAAGUCUGAUGUUGUCCUCGAUGCUUAUGAGAGUCAGCUUAGCCAACAGAACUCUGUUAACUUGUUCUCAAAAAGUUGUAACAACGGAAGCUAUAGGGUUGCCAGUGAUGCUGAAGAGGUGCGGAGAAGAAAAGUCCUCAUGGGCAUCAUGCACUCUACCAGGCCUCAUUAUGGUGUGCAGUUUCAUCCUGAAAGUGUUGCAACUUGUUAUGGGAGGCAGAUAUUCAACAAUUUUAGAGAAAUCACUGAGGAUUAUUGGUUCAGGUUGAGAUCAUCCGCUAUUAGUGCGAGAAAGUCCAGCUGCAGACCUCGCCUCUCACCUUUAACAAUCCUUGGACGAUGGUUUUAUCAGUUCAUGGUCUUGUUAAAUAUAACAAGUGAAACUGUUGAUCUUUUCGCCGCUCUGGAAAGGGAAAUUAGAUGGAAUCCAAGGUUCAUUGAUGGUCAAGCUAAUGCUUUGGCUAAAUUGGGACCUUUCUGA